AUGAGAGACCUCGGCAUGAGCCUUUCUGCAGAUGAAUUUGAAGCAAAGUGCAGGAUGCUGGAGCCUCAUCUUUGGGACAUAUCUCAACGGAAAACUUCUCCGCACAGCCUCACGGCAGCUAGCUGCUUGGAUCAGAGGAACAUACAUCACGCAGCCACAUGUCACCUUGUAGAGGUAGAGGACGCAAAGAAGCAACGCGUUCUCAAUCCAUCCAAGGCGAAAGAUGCAGUAGAGAUGAUAAAACACCACCAGGUAAUAAUUCCUGUGUUAGAAGAGGGAUGA